AUUUUUGUUGCUGACAGUCUUCUGGGAGUUCGAUUUUCCUCCUUUCAUGGUUCUUGUCAUCGCCGUUCUUAAUGAUGGUACUAUCAUGACCAUCUCCAAAGACAGGGUAAAGCCUUCUCCUCUCCCUGACAGUUGGAAGCUCGGUGAAAUUUUUGCAACAGGAAUUGUACUUGGUGCUUACCUGGCUCUAAUGACAGUUGUAUUCUUCUGGGCAGCUUAUGAAACUAACUUCUUUCCAAAACAUUUCCACGUGAAGAACUUCAACCAGCACCAUUUUAACAUGUCUGACGACAAAAUUUCGACUGAACUUAAAGAAAGGAUGGCAUCAGCACUGUAUCUUCAAAUCAGCACCAUUAGCCAGGCCUUAAUUUUUGUGACACGCUCCAGGGGCUGGUCAUAUACUGAGAGACCUGGCUUUCUGCUUGUCAUUGCGUUCGUUAUUGCUCAAUUGAUUGCAAGUGUGAUAUCUGCCACUGCAACCUCGAAGUUUGCAGGCAUCAGAGACAUUGGUUGGGCCUGGACAGGGGUCAUUUGGUUGUUUAAUAUCGCAACUUACUUGCUGCUUGAUCCUAUCAAAUUUGCUGUCCGAUAUGCUCUCAGUGGGAGAGCCUGGAGUCUCGUUGUAGACCAAAGGACUGCAUUCACGAACAAAAAGGACUUUGGUAAGGAAGCUCGUGCGGCUGCAUGGGCAACUGAACAGAGAACUCUGCAUGGUCUCCAGUCCUCUGACACAAAAAAGUUUUCUGAUAAAAUAAGCACUUUUGGGGACCUCAAUCUCAUGGCAGAAGAAGCUAAAAAGCGUGCAGAGAUUGCAAGGAUGAGGGAGCUUCACACUUUGAAAGGGAAGGUUGAAUCAUCUGCCAAGUUAAGGGGUCUGGACAUUGAUGCCAUGAACCAGCACUACACUGUCUAAGUCAUCUACUGAUCAUAUGAUAUGAUACCCUUGU